UUAAUUAAGAAGAAGACUCCGUAAAUAUUUGUUUGUAACAAUUUAGAGCAUGAAAACAAUGAAAUAAAAGAUGGAUAAAACUGAUAUCUCGCAGUCUUCCAAUCCGCGACGCAAAAUUCUUGGCAUAGCUGUGUCACAAAUUUUAUUGGAAAAGGGCUUUGAUAGCAUUGACAAAGAAUGCCUGGAGACGCUUACGGAAAUGUUGCAGAGCUUGCUAGUGGAAGUAGGACAAUCCGCGCGUAGCUACUGUGAACUUUCCGGACGUACUAUUCCCGUACUGGGUGAUGUGGUUGUGGCGCUUGUGAAUAUGGGCAUCUCAUUACAAGGCAUGGAAGCUUUUGCUAAGCGCGAAGGUCGACAGAUAAUACCGAUGCCGUCACAAGCAUCACAGCAGAAGCAAUUGAAUCUACUACAAGCGGGCACCAAAUCUUCACACCCACCGCACGUGCCUAACUAUUUGCCGGCAUUGCCCGAUCCACACGCUUACGUUCGUACGCCGACCCACAAACAACCAGUUACCGAAUAUGAAGCAAUACGUGAAAAAGCGGCUACCCAGAAGCGCGAUGUAGAGAAAGCAUUGACAAAAUUUCUUUCAAAAACAUCUGAAACGCACAGCCUGUUUGAUAAUGAGGAUAAUAUGUUUCCGCUAAUUGCCUGCAAGCCAGCAUUUCCACCUUACCUAGCCGCCUUAAACCCCACUGACCAAGUUUUUGAUUUUGAGGAGCUGGAAUAUCAUUAUUUAGUAGCAAAUCGCACAGAAGACGUAACCUCAAAGGAUGACAAUGACGAGAAUGAAAGCGGUAAUGAAGAUGAUGGUGAUGGUGAAAUGAAGACUGAGACCAAAAGUGAAAAGGAAGUGAAGCCGGAAAACGAUAUCAAACCUAAUUCCACUACUAAUAAGGCCAUCUUGGAUAAUCCGAAUAUAGACAACCCCUAUCUGCGUGCAGCCACUUUGCCUAAACGUGCAAAACCAGAUCCCGCAUUGCUUGCACCGGCAGUUACUACCACACCUUCAAAUGGUGCAAACAGCAACUCGUAGAAUUCAUUGCUUUCAGAAUUAUUUUAGAAUAGAGUUAAAUUUUUUAUAAAAAUGAACCUUAAUAUGUGCGGGUCGUUCA